CAACUUUCUCUACUAUCUGACUUCACAGUAUAUUACAGUUUACACGCCACACUUUAUACUUUCUAUUCCCUGGAAUAAAAACAAUCUCUCUCACAGUUGAUCGACGCUUCUCUCAAAGGUGGUGUUGACGAGAGUGAUGAGUGAUGACACAAGGUAAGGUAUUUCCCUAAAAAGACGUCCUCAUUAAGUCCUUUUCCCACUCCCACUCUCUCUUUCUUAUUGUAAGAUGUAACCGCAGCAGAACUCCCAAUAAAUACUCUUUAUUGUGACUGGGUGAUGUGUUGUCUGCUCUCUCUAACUUAAUUACCAUUCCCGCCUGUUAAUGAAUCCUCACAUCUCAUCUCAUCUCAUCUCUCUCUCUCUCUCUCUCUCUCUCCACCUCCGACCUCUCCCACCACUCUCUCUCUAUUUCUCCGGUUAAAACAUCGCUGCUGAUUUCCACCGCUUCAAUUUAGGCCUGGAACUCACUAUGCCACUUACAAUCUCUUCUUACUUGAAGGAAUUCACGGGUUCAAAAGCUUCAGCCGUUACAGUCUUUUGAGUUUGCAGCAAAAUCGAAAUGGGUUGUUGUAUCAGCACCAAUGAGAGUGGUGAAGAGAAGCUAGCUUCCCCAAAGCACCAGCAUUUAUCGGAGAGAGCUUUGGUGCCGGAGCUUGACUCCUCUUGCGUUAGAAGGGCCAACGGCAAAGCUCCUCCACCUGCACCUCCUCCGGUUGAAGAGGAGACUGUGAAGGAAGUACUGUCGGAGACUCCCAAACCCAAGCUCCUCCCUUUCCCGAAGAUUCACAACGAGAAGAUCCGGAAGCCCUCUUUGCUGGACCUUGAAGAGGAGAGUGUGGAGAAGAAAGCUCCAUCCAACGCAGUGGAAGAUGCCUCUGAAAUGUCGGAGAUCUGUAGCGUAAGCGAGAGCCUCUCCACGACGACCAUGACAGAGAGGAAGGACGACGAAGAGAGGAGCCGGGAUGACGGAGAAGUACGGCAGAGAGUGGAUAGAUCUCCGGGUAAAGUCCCUAAAAAACGCUUUGCUUCAGGUGAUUUGGCCGGGAGGACAGAUAAGGGAGGCAGGUCUCCUGUCAGAAGAUUCGAACCGUCUCCCGGCAGAAGAACCGACAAUGCCAUCAGAUCGGUUCACAGCAAGGAAAUGAACCAUGCAACGCGACGACGGAUAUCUGGCAACAAUGGACUAAAGCAAGAUCCCGGUGACAGUUCCGGUCGGAGGUCGAGGUCACCAGCCACACGUCCGGUUGAGUCAGGAGCGGCUCGGUCAACCAUCGGCCGCAGCCCGUCAUCGAGGAGACCCGGGAUGUCCCCAGGCCGAGUCCCGCCGCUGCCUCAGGAACCUGACCAGAAGUUAGAAGAAACAAAAGACGGAAACUGGCAGACUAACGAGUCCCUUGAAAACCCUCACGUUUCGUUAGAAUGCUUUAUAUUCCUGUAAUAGUUUCUCUACUUUUUCAGAUUUCAUCUAGACUGUAUUUUCUGUACUUGCGCAGAUGUAAUGAAAUUGGGGAUAAGAUGAAAAGAUCUCAUCAGAGAAGGCCUUUUCGGCCGGAAAGAAAAUGUGGGUCGCUGUCAACGGGAAUAAGUAGUUAACAUAUUGAUUGUUCAGUUAGCCGGUUGGGUUGUCCGUCGCCGGUGAGGUUGUAGGUCAGAAGUAGCCGUUAGUUGUGUGAUGGCUCACUCUUUCUACUCAUUCUGUAAAUAGUAAUUGAUUGAAAAA